UUUAUAGAAGCUAUAGAGGUUAUAAUAAAUCCUUUUUUUUUUGGUUUUUGGGUAAAGAUUUUUUUUUUUUCCAUUUUCUAUGGAUAAUAAUAAUAAUAUCAGCUGGUGGAGGAAUUAUGAAGGGAUAUUAAAGACUUUUUAUCCUGUUUUUUUGGGUCAAGUUGUGUCUUUUGUUAUGGCACUUAUGAGCUUCACUUCUUCUCUAGUGGCAAAUCUUGGUGCAAAUACUCCACUUUCUCUGUCAUUCUUCUCUUACACAGCUUUAGCUUUGGUGUAUGGAGGAAUCAUGAUUUACAGAAGGCAGAAAUUACAGGUUCCUUGGUAUUGGUAUGCACUUCUAGGCUUAGCUGAUGUCCAAGGAAAUUUUCUUGUAAAUAAAGCAUAUCAGUACUCAUCAAUCACCAGUGUGACCAUACUGGAUUGCUGGACUAUAGCAUGGGUGAUAAUCUUGACGUGGCUAUUUUUGGGCACACGAUAUUCUCCGUGGCAAUUCUUUGGUGCAGCAGUCUGUUUAGGUGGUCUUGGACUUGUGCUUCUAUCUGAUGCUAAGGCGAGUGACGGAAGUGGUGGUUCCAAACCUAUUCUUGGUGAUAUAUUUGUCAUCAUCGGGACAUUUUUCUUCUCAAUGAGUAAUGUUGGUGAGGAGUUCUGUGUGAAAAAGAAAGAUCGUAUUGAAGUGGUUUCCAUGAUUGGUGUUUUCGGCUUACUUGUUACUAUAAUUGAGAUACCAAUCUUAGAAAGGAAGAGUUUGGAAUCAGUCAAGUGGUCUGCUGAGCUUAUAUUAGCCUUCUGUGGCUAUGCAGUGGCAAGCUUUAUGUUCUACACCUUUGUUCCGUUUCUUCUCGAGAUGAGUGGCUCAACGUUGUUCAAUCUAUCUCUUCUCACAUCCGAUGUGUGGGCAGUUGUCAUCAGAACCUUUUUCUACAAGCAAAAGGUUGAAUGGCUAUACUUUGCAGCUUUUGCACUUGUGGUUACUGGACUGAUCAUAUACUCGAAAACCGAGAAGGAUUCUGUAAAUGCACCAGCUACUAAUAUUGAAGAAGCAAAUCAAAGAUACCAACUUCUUAAUGAAGAGGAGGAGCAAGCUGAUCAUAGACAUCAUGAAACUAUUUCAUAACUAGUUUUAUAAAUCAAGAUUCAUUGAGAAUUACAUGUAAUUUACAUAUUAUUGUUCUUCUGAAAUUGUUCAACAUCUAUAUAAUUGGAGUUUAACUUUUUUCCCA